GAGAUGAGGUGGAGAGGGGUCGCGCUGUCACGCGCUAGCGACACGGACGUGCUGCCGUCCAAAUGGUAUGCCAGUCUGAAGACAGAGUGUGAAGAGGUGGCCGUCCAGUUUGCUAACGAGCUGAACAAAGUGCUGACAAAGCUGGCCAUGUUCUCAUUGGAGGAUGCGAAGAAUAUUCCAAACGCGAUGGAAAAGCUGUGCCUUCUAGUGAUGUCCCUCCCUGCGGACAUCGUUAGCUCGAAGACCAUGCAGGAAGCGCUGUUCUUUGUCGUGGAGCGCAUGUUAGACGGACAUGGGGAGCUGUUAGCACACUGGUUCCAACAACGGAAGCCAUCAUUGGUGUUCAACAUUGGCACAGGCUGAAUGGUGGCCAAUCAGCUGUACUGUAACAUAUCUCCGGUUCCAACAACGGAAACCGUCAUUGGUGUUUAACUUUGGCACAGGCUGAGUGGCAGCCAAUCAGCAGUACCGUAACAUAUCCCUGGUUUCAACAACGGAAGCCGUCAUUGGUGUUUAACUUUGGCACAGGCUGAGUGGCAGCCAAUCAGCAGUACCGUAACAUAUCCCUAGAGACACAACUCUCAAUGAUAAACCAAGGAUUUUACAUUUUUCAUUGCCAUCUUUAUUAAAGUAUUUCUCUCA